CCCAUCAAAUGCAAUGAGAAAUUUAGAAAUGCUUAUCAAUUUCAAACUAAAAUAAUUCUGAUUUUUUCAGGUUAAAUUAGGAGAUCCUGGAUACAAGGAAAGAUAUUAUGCUGAAAAGUUUGGUAUCAAAAGUCUAAUCAUGCAAAAAAAUUGCAGUUGUUAGAUAUGCUUUUAUAUUCAAAUCUAAUGUCCACACAUGUUAUUUAAUCUUUUAAAUGCUGACAGUGUCCAUUUAUAUGCAUUCUGACUUAGAAAGGAAAGCAUACAAACAUAUUUCUACCUUUUCUUUUUAAUUCAGCUCAUUGUUUUAGUUGUCUUUUAGGUCUUGAAAUAUAUGGAAGGCCUUUGUUGGAUUUGUCACUAUUAUUAUCAGGGUGUCAGCUCAUGGAAGUGGCCACGAGUAUCUGGAGCCAUCGUUAGAUAUCAACUGGGAGAAGCAACUCAUCGAUUUAUUAAGAACAUUCUCAACAUUAAAUCAAAUGACACAUCCCAUGGAAUGCUGGAGCAACCUCCACUCCAUCAUAAAACGAACAGGCUUCGAUUAGUUAGAUAUGGAAAAUAUUAUGGUGAGAAUGCAAGUGGUUAUAAUGGGCAAUAUAAUCACCAUGGCAUGAUGACUACACCAAAAUAUGGUGGACAUAGUGAUAGACAACAUUUUAAGAUACGCGAUAGGUUACAACGUGAAGAACAGUUCCACAAUGUGAAAACUGAGUUUUCUGCUCUAUCGAUGGAGGAAAGAGAGAGACCCAGGUCAUUAAGGCUUCCAAGUUCCAGACCAAUAGCCAAUUUACAACCCUGGUUUGUGCAGAACAUGGAUCCUUCAAUACCAUCUACAAAAUGGAUGACUAAACCACAACCUACGAAUGGCAUGCCUACUAGGAAUCAAGAAGCUGCAUUGGGGCCAACAGCUUAUGAUAAGCAGACCAAGAAGGUUUACCAAGUUAAAAUACGUCAGCUAGAUACACCAAAAUCUGCGAAGCAAUAGUGGUUGUCGUGGAAUUGGUGGCCAGUUGUUAAGCACAAUUUGCGGCUAGGAAUCAACACUAACUGUUGCUCUGUUCCAUAGUGUGGGACUAUGUUAUUGUGCUGCUGUAUAUAUAAUCAUGUAUCAUUUAGAGCUUACCAGCUUUGCAUAGCAAUUAUCCUGUAU